AUGGCCAGAUUCACUCAGACUGAAACAAGAAGGCAGCAGCAAUCACAGCAGCCCCAUCCCGCUCACACCAGCCUGGUUUUCACUGGACCUGGGGCACCACCUACCGAACAACCACUACUACUUAUCCCUCACCAGCACCAGUACUCUCAGAUCACAUUUCCUAAACCCAUGAACGGGUCAGAAUCCAUUUCCAUUCAUCCGGAGAGCGGCAAUAUGAAAGACCAAGAUGCCAUAAAGCUGUUUAUCGGGCAAAUACCGCGGAACUUAGAGGAAAAAGACCUGAAACCUCUGUUUGAACAGUUCGGGAAAAUCCACGAACUGACAGUUCUAAAGGACCGAUACACCGGCAUGCACAAAGGCUGUGCGUUCCUCACCUACUGUGCCCGUGAGUCGGCCAUCAAAGCCCAGAACGCCCUCCAUGAACAGAAAACACUGCCAGGGAUGACUCGCCCCAUCCAGGUGAAGCCGGCUGACAGUGAGAGCCGUGGAGAAGACAGGAAGCUGUUUGUGGGGAUGCUGAACAAACAACAGACUGAGGAGGACGUGUACCGCCUCUUUGAGCCCUACGGAGUCAUCGAGGAGUGCACCGUCCUAAGAGGUCCUGACGGAAACAGCAAAGGCUGUGCCUUUGUAAAGUUCUCCACACACGCUGAGGCCCAGUCUGCAAUCAGUGCCCUCCAUGGCAGCCAGACCAUGCCAGGCGCGUCCUCCAGCCUGGUGGUGAAGUUUGCCGACACCGACAAGGAGCGCACCAUCCGCCGCAUGCAACAGAUGGUCGGCCAGUUUGGCAUCUUCAACCCAGCCAUCGCCCUGCCAUUCAGCACCUACAGUACCUACGCACAUGCACUCAUGCAGCAACAGGCAGCCAUCAUGGCAGCGAGCCACGGGGGCUACCUGACUCCCAGCGUGGCCUUCCCCGCCACCCAGAUUCACCAGAUGGGGGCGCUCAACAUCAAUGGUCUCCAACACAACUCCAUGACCCCAACCUCUGGUGGCAUGUCUCCGCCUGCUAUCUCGCCACCAGCCAACAUUACCACUCCCAACAUCGUCACUCCCAUCGUCAACGGCUUCACGGGUAUCCCCCACCAUCAGCACAACGGACAUCCCGCCGUUGAGACCAUGUAUACCAACGGUCUCUCGCCCUACUCCACCCAGAGCCCCACCGCCGCAGACACCCUCCAGCAAGCCUUCACCGGAGUACAGCAAUACACAGCUAUCUACCCAGCCGGCACACUGACUCCCAUAGGUCAGACUCUGCCUCAGCCAUCACAGGUCAUCCAGCAGCAGCAACAGAGAGAAGGGCCCGAGGGCUGUAACCUGUUCAUCUACCACCUGCCACAGGAGUUUGGAGAUAAUGAACUCAUGCAGAUGUUUCUGCCUUUCGGGAGCGUCAUCUCCUCCAAGGUCUUUAUGGACCGAGCUACCAACCAGAGCAAAUGUUUCGGGUUUGUGAGCUUCGACAACCCAGCUAGCGCACAGGCAGCUAUUCAAGCCAUGAACGGCUUUCAGAUUGGAAUGAAGAGGUUGAAAGUCCAGUUGAAACGACCGAAGGAUGCCAGCCGCCCUUACUGA